AUGAAGUUCGCUGAUGUUUUACGUCGUCUAGAUGCGUAUCCACGCACUCUUGAUGACUUUAGCGUGCGCACAGUGGGCGGCGCCGCCGUUACUAUUAUUAGUAGCAGCAUUAUAAGCCUACUUAUAUUUCUUGAGUGCCUGAACUACAUGCGGCCUACGCUGACUGAGGAGCUAUUCGUCGACACGACGCGCAAUCACAAACUGCGCAUCAACUUGGACGUCACGCUUCAUAACUUGGCCUGCAACUAUAUAUCCCUGGAUGCGAUGGAUUCUUCGGGUGAUACUCACUUGCGCGUGGAUCAUGAUGUCUUCAAGCAUCGCCUAGAUUUGGACGGGGAGCCAUUGAAGGAGACACCCAUCAAAGAAAUUGUGGCCGUCUCGCCGCCGAACAAGAACAGCACCUGUGGCAGCUGUUACGGUGCAGAGCACAAUGCAACACACUGCUGCAAUACCUGCGAGGAUGUCUUGGAUGCGUACCGCAUACGCAAAUGGAACAUGCAAGUGGACAAGAUCGAGCAAUGUAAAGGCAAAUACAAGCGCACCGACGAAGAUGCUUUCAAGGAGGGUUGCCGUAUACAGGGACAUCUGGAGGUGAAUCGGAUGGCUGGCAGCUUUCACUUUGCACCCGGCAAGAGCUUCUCCAUACGCCAGUUCCACAUACACGACUUCCAGUUUACAAAUGUGAAGCUCUCCCAUACCAUAAAUCAUCUGUCAUUCGGCGAGAAGAUUGAGUUUGCCAAAACUCAUCCAUUGGACGGGCUGCGCGUGAAUGUCGAAGAAUCAAAAAGCGAAAUGUUUAACUAUUACUUGAAAAUUGUGCCGACGCUCUAUGAGCGCCACAGCGAUGGCAAACCCAUAUAUACAAAUCAGUUCUCCGUUACGAGGCAUCGCAAGGAUCUAACAGAUCGGGAACGAGGCAUGCCAGGCAUUUUCUUUAGCUAUGAACUCUCUCCGCUGAUGGUCAAGUAUGCCGAAAGGCAUGUUUCCUUUGGUCACUUUGCCACCAACUGCUGCUCGAUUAUUGGCGGCGUUUUUACCGUCGCGGGCAUCUUGGCCGUGGUGCUGAACAAUUCGUUGGAAGCCAUUCAACGUAAACUGGAGGUUGGCAAGCUCAGCUAACGCAGCUAUCAAUUUGCGGACUAUUUCAGGAAUCUCUGCAGCUUUAUUAGGCCUAAUUCAUUCCGUGGCGCUUUGAAUCUCUUACAAUGCCGACAAUUCGCUAAAUAAAA